UCUGUAUUUCAUGUAAAACAGAAUUAGGUUAGUCUUCCUAAGUUUCAAACAUCAGUUUUUUCUUUCUUAUUUUUCAAAAUGGCCGAGCAAAGUGCAUGGAAAAAUUUUAUUGCUGGAGGAGUUGGCGGCGUUUGUGCUGUAGCCAGUGGUCAUCCUCUUGAUACCAUUAAAGUUCGUCUUCAAACUAUGCCUGCUCCCAAGCCUGGUGAAGCAGCAUUGUACAGAGGUACUUGGGACUGUUUUAUCAAGACUGUUAAGAAUGAAGGCCCUAAAGGAUUAUAUAAGGGAAUGGGUGCUCCCAUCGUCGGCGUUACUCCAAUCUUUGCUCUUAGUUUUUUUGGCUUUGGUGUUGGAAAAGAUCUUGUUCGUUCAGUAACAGGAGACCAGUCUGAAAAACUUUCACUGUCGAAGCUUUUCGUUUCUGGAGGAGUCGCUGGUGUAUUAACCACUGUCAUAAUGGCACCAGGUGAAAGAAUUAAAUGCCUCUUACAAAUCCAACAAGGAUCAGGAGAGAUUAAAUACAAAGGACCAGUUGAUUGUGCAAAAAAGCUGUACCAAACUGGUGGUAUUAGGAGUAUUUACAGGGGAACGAUUCUUACUCUCUGCAGAGAUGUACCAGCAAGUGGUAUGUAUUUUGCCAGCUAUGAAUGGCUUAAGAACGUUCUUACUCCAGCUGGUAAAGACCCCUCUGAACUGAGUGUAGGAAGUGUGCUUUUUGCUGGUGGAAUGGCUGGGAUUUUCAAUUGGGCUGUUGCUAUACCACCUGAUGUCUUGAAGUCGAAAUUUCAGACCGCACCUGAUGGAAAGUACUCUGGUGUAAUGUCUGUUGUUAAAGAUGUGAUGCGUACUGAUGGUUUCAAAGGAAUGUAUAAAGGUUUUGUACCUGUUAUGUUAAGAGCAUUCCCAGCUAAUGCUUGCUGUUUUAUGGGUUACGAACUUGCACUAAAAUUCCUGAAUAAACUUGUACCCCCGUCCUAAUAAGUAAUUAUUAUCUCAUUGAAUUGAUAUAUUAUUCUUUGUCAGAUUCAACAGUUAUUUUUUCAAUUAUAAUGCAAAAACUUCGUUUCAACUAUCUUUCAAAAGAUUAAUAUUCUGAGGUGUCUUAUAUUUUUGAAUGUUCUGCAUGUUCCACGGAUCAGAAAAAAAUAUGAUUUGAGUCGUAUGAUUUUGAUAUAUUUCCUAUUUCAACUAUGACCUUCAUGGCUGAGAUAAUUUAUGUUUAGUUAUACACUAGGCAAGGCCAUAAAAGUAGUCAAGUUUUCCUCAUGUGUACUCUUCAAUUACAGGAAUGUGCAAAAAUUGAAAUUGGUGUACUUUGCAGCAAAAUUAUGUUAUAUAGCAAAAUACCUACCUAAAUGAUAAUUUUGCUGUUGGAAAUGCAAAUUUUAUACAAAAAAAUUUUCAGAAAUCAAUAUAGAAUUAAUUUGAAUUUUGAACACCAUUUUGAACUGUUACAUCUGUAACUGUUCUGUUAUCAAUGUUAGAUACUCUCAUUCUCUCACUUUUUUUGUGUACUUUGUACUAAAAGUAUUUCAAUACGUUUACUAAUUUGAUAGGAGGUUAUUAUGCAUUCAAAUUUAGGUUUAUGCUUUUUUAGGAAAUUUUUUAUUAAUUUAUUUUCUUAAUUAAAUGCAUAUAUACAUAGCAUUUAUAUGACAAUACCAAAAGUGCUAUCAUCAUAAGUUACGGUUGAUUUCAAGUUUGUUCAUUUUGCAAAAGUAGAAUUUCAUUCUUAGAAUUGAUGGUUAUGUGUCAUUGCAAACUUCUGUCUUCUCAAUAUAGAGCUCGAGAAAAAGUUUGAACUAGAUAACUGUAUAAAAGAUUAUUUUUUGUGUUAAAGUCUUCUGCGAUAUUUGAUUGGUUCAUGUCAUUAUUAUACUCACAGUUAUGGACUUUUGUAAGGAACUGAAACAUAUAAUAAUGGAGCUUUAGUAAAAUUGUACAUCAUAUAUAGGUUAUAGCCUAUUGAUGAACUCAUGGAAUAUUAGAAAGAGGUAUUUAGCAUACCAGCCGAUCUAACACCUUAAAAUAUUUCGCACUGCUUCUCUUUCCUAAAUUGCUGAACUUUUGACAGUCUUAUGUCUUUAAUUUAAUUAAUAAGUGUUAAUGACUGUGAUGAUGAACCUAUUGGUGGUAAUUCAAGUUGAUUUUGUUGCAGA